ACCUAAUUCAAAACGCUAAACAAGAAAAACAAAUGCGAAAAUUAUUAUACUAAAAUCAAAAUACAGAAAAUAAUUAGUUUCCGGCGAUAGUUAACUCGCCGGUGAAAUGAACAUUCCGGCGAACAUUACUUCGUUUUCCAUAAACAAUGCACGUCUCGCCGAUCAUCGCCGUCACGUUUUCCACGAAACAUUUUUCACCUCUUUUUCUCUAUUCGUCUAGUCUAAACUCUAAAGUAGUUUUAUAGAGUAGUGUAGUUUAACGAAGCUUUUCAGAGAACUUUUUCUUGCGGUAUUUUCAUUUUGUUGUUGUUACUUUUGUGAUAUCAUGCCUCCGAUGAAGAUCCAACCGAUCGACAUCGAUUCAGAGAAGCUGAAUCAAUUGAAAGCGGUAGUUCGAAACGACACCGUUAAGCCUGUGUUGAAAUCGCGGCUAAAAAAGCUGUUCGUGUUCGACCGGCAAUUUUCUAGCGUGUUAAAGACUUCUUCAGAGAAACCUAUCGCCGGCGAAGCUCCACCUCCAGUUUCCGGCAAUAGGUUCAUUGAAGAUUUCGAGCCUAGCUCCAUUGUCUUAGCAAAAAUGGUGCAGAGUUUCAUAGAAGGAAGUAACGAUAAGCAGAAAUUCACUCGCAACAGCUGCAACUGCUUUAACGGUAACAGUAACGAUAUCUCCGACGAGGAAACUGAUUUCUUCGGUGAAUCUGUCCCUUCCGGUUCUUUCACCGAUGCCGGUGACGCUCUCAAGAGUCUGAUUCCUUGCGCGAGUAUUGCAGAGAGAAACCUCUUAGCAGAUACAUCCAAAAUAGUAGACAAAAACAGCAAAGUUUACAAACGAAAAAACGAUUUGAGAAAGAUCGUUGCAGAAAAUCUUUCAUCUCUAGGUUACGAUUCAUCAAUAUGCAAAUCUAAAUGGCAUAAAACACGAUCCUAUCCCGCUGGUGAAUAUGAAUACAUCGAUGUGAUUGUGGAAGGUGAGAGGUUGAUUAUUGAUAUUGAUUUUCGAUCAGAGUUUGAGAUUGCUCGAUCCACUGGAACAUUCAAGGCGAUUCUUCAGUUUCUUCCUUACAUUUUCGUUGGAAAAUCUGAUCGUUUAUGUCAGAUCGUGGCCAUUGUUUCGGAGGCGGCGAAGCAAAGUUUGAAGAAGAAAGGAAUGCAUGUUCCGCCGUGGAGGAAGGCGGAGUAUAUGCUAGCUAAGUGGCUCUCCGCCUCGUGUACUAGAGAAAUCCCGUCGCCAACCACUGCUGUGUGUGAAUUGAAAGAGGAUCUGAGCGACGGUGAUAGUGCUGCAUCGGAGAGUGAUUGUGGUGAGUUAGAGCUGAUCUUCGGCGAGAAAACGUCUUCGCCGGAAUCGGAAAAUGUUGCCGGUGGUGAGAAAAGCUUGUUGACAGUGGCGAUGCCAACGUGGCAGUUACCGGCAGUGAAAGUAAAGAGUGUUGAGAAAGGAGCAAAGGUGGUGACUGGAUUAGCCGCUCUUCUCAAAGAUAAAUCAUAAAAGAAAAUAAAAUUUUGCAUUUUUUUGCGUUAAUUAAAAAAAGCAUAAUCAAAGUUAGAAGGACUUUUUUUUUUUCCUUCCAAAUUUUAAUCUUUCGAAUUUCUUUGUUUUUGCUACUGUUUUUGUGCAACAAGGGGAACUCUGUAAGAAAGAAGUAACAACUUACCACUCAAUGUAAUAAAAUACAGUAGUUGAUAAAAAUAGUAAAUAUUUUAAAGAAAAAAGAAAUCUAGUGGAGAAUAAUAUCUAAUGUUUAUUUUGGUUCGGAAAA